AUGGAUCCACUAAAGUACAUAUUUCAGAAGCCAAUGCCUAUAGGUAAAUUGACAAAAUGGCAAAUUUUGUUGAGCGAGUUCAACAUUGUGUACGUGACACAGAAGGCCAUCAAAGGACAAGCCUUGGCUGACCACCUCGCAGAAAAUCCAGUGGAACAAGAUUAUGAGCCGCUCAAAACUUACUUCUCUGAUGAAGAAGUAUUGUUUGUAGGAGAAAACGUAUCAGAACGAUACGAUGGUUGGAGGAUUUUUUUCGAUGGAGCAUCAAAUUCCAAAGGAGUUGGAAUAGGAGCGGUUUUGAUUUCAGAAAAGGGUCAAUAUUAUCCAAUUUCAGCCAAGAUUAGGUUUGAUUGCACCAAUAACAUGGCAGAGUAUGAAGCUUGUAUUCUCGGACUUAAAAUGUCCAUAGACAUGAACGUCAAAGAGCUUUUGGUCAUAGGUGAUUCUGAUUUAUUGGUUCAUCAGGUGCUAGGAGAAUGGGCUACUAAGAAUGUGAAAAUCCUUCCUUAUUUGCAUUACAUAAAGGAGUUGAGUAGGAAAUUCACAAGUAUUGAAUUCAAACAUGUCCCUCGAGCUCAAAAUGAAUUUGUCGAUGCUUUGGCGAUAAUAUCCUCUAUGAUUCAGCAUCCAGACAAGAAUUACAUCGACCCUAUCGAAGUAAAAUUACAUGAUAGACAUGCGUAUUGUUUUCAUGUUGUUGAGGAAAUGGAUGGAAGACCAUGGUACUAUGACAUCAAGAGAUUGAUAGAUGCACAUGAAUACCCUGAAAAUGCCACGAUAAAGUUGAAACGGACUUUAAGAAGAAUGUCCAAUCAUUUCUUUCUUAAUGGAGAAAUCCUGUAUAGGAGGACUCUGGAUUUAGGAUUGCUGAGAUGUGUUGACGCCAAAGAAGCGAUGAGGCUUUUAGAAGAAAUACAUGGAGGAACAUGUGGACCUCAUAUGAAUGGAUUCACUCUGGCUAAGAAGAUCUUAAGAGCGGGAUAUUUUUGGAUGACCAUGGAGAGAGAUAGCAUUCGAUACGUGCAGAAGUGUCAUCAAUGCCAAGUGCAUGGAGAUUUUAUACGAGUUGCACCAAAUGAGCUCAAUGUUAUGGGUUCCCCAUGGCUAUUUUCCGCUUGGGGCAUGGAUGUCGAAGCUUCGACAUAUAAGGCAGUAACUAAGAAAGUCGUGGCAGAUUUUGUUCGUAACAAUAUCAUUUGUCGAUUCGGGAUUCCAGAAUCAAUUAUAACAGAUAAUGCGGCAAAUCUCAACAGCGAUCUUAUGAAGGAAAUUUAUGAGCGAUUCAAGAUUACUCAUCGAAAUUCCACAACUUAUUGGCCACAGAUGAAUGGAGCAGUUGAAGCAGCAAACAAGAACAUCAAGAAGAUUUUGAGGAAAAUAGUGGAUGAAGCAGUAAUACCUGCUGAAGUGGAAAUACCAUCUUUAAGGAUUAUUCAAGAGGUCAGUUUAGAUGAUGUAGAAUGGAUUCGCAACAGGAUUGAACAGUUGAUGCUCAUUGAUGAGAAAAGAAUGGAUGCAGUUUGUCAUGGUCAACUUUACCAAAACAGGAUGGCCAAAGCAUUUAACAAGAAGGUCAAGCCUCGACAGUUCACACCAGGACAAUUAGUAUUGAAGAAGAUAUUUCCUCACCAAGGAGAAGCUAGGGGAAAUUUGCACCAAACUGGCAAGGUCCUUACAUGGUUCAUAGAGUAUUAUCCGGAGGAGCAGUAA